AUGGAGUUAAGUUAGGACGCUUAUAACUUUAGUUAGCUUGUUUUAGAGGAGUUUGGUGCUCCUUAUAGAAAAGAAGAAAUAGAAAAAAAGAUACUAAACAUUGAAGAAAAAUAUAAAAAUUUAGAAGAAUUAAAUCCAUAAAAUAAUCAAGAAAAAUAUUCUUUAGAUUAUGAGAAAAAAUUCAAUAAUAUUAAAGAUGAAGAAGAUAAGCAAAAGGAAUUAGAAUAGAUAAUGAAAGGAAAUCCCUAUUUGUAAGCUAUGGGAUGCUCUCAUGAUAGAAGAAAGGAAAGAGAGUUAUUUGAAAAACCAACAAAAGAAAAGUUAGAUAAUGCUGAAUAUUUUAAGGGUGAGGGAAAUAAAGCAAUCAAAGAAAAAGAUUAUGAGAAAGCAGCUUAUUUUUAUCAAAAAGCCCUUCUUUAAUUUGAUUACACAUUUCCUGAUAAUAAUGAUGAGUAAUAAAGAUUUGAUCUGUUAAGUUAAUAAUGCUUUGUAAAUAUGUCUUUAGUAAAAUAUUAUCAGAAAGAAUAUGAUGAUUCUUUGCAAAAUGCAAGAUAGGCACUUAAAUUGAACUAAAGCAAUAUAAAAGCAUUAUUUAGAAUUGCUACAAUCCACCUUGAAAGAGAUGAGUAUGAUAAAACAGAAGAAGUUAUCAAGUAAAUGGAGGAAAUUGAUAAUAAUAAAGAAGUUUAAUAAUUAAAAUCAUAGCUGUUGCAAUAGAAAUCUAAAUAUCAAAAAGAUGAAAAAAAAGUUUAUGCAGACAUGUUCAGCAAGUUGAAUAAAGAAAAAUGA